AUUGCAACGUUCACAACGAAACAGUUACAGCAAAACUCGUGUGUUCCGUUUGAGAAAAAUAUCAAAGCAAUUUGAACAGCAACUAUUUAUAAAGACUUACAAGAAACAGAAAAGAAAUGGUGAAAAGUGUCUGCGAAAUGGAAUUCAAAAGCAAUUUCUCCAUCGAUGCCAUCUUGGCUAAGAAACCCACAGCUCCAGUGAUCAAGCACGAGCCCAUGCCACAUCACCAGCAGCCAUAUCAUCCAUAUGCCAACUCGGAUGGUGAGCUAUCAGCAUCCGAAGAUUUCGACAGCCCCUCUCGCACCAGCACACCGAUGAGCAGCGCUGCCGAAUCGCUGUCAUCGCAGCAUAAUGAUAAACUGGAUGUGGAGGAAUUCGACGAUGAGGACAUCGAGCUGGACGGAGAGGAAAGUGAUGGCAGCAGCGAACUGGCCGGCAAUCCCAGCAAAAAGCAAAAGACCAGCACUGGCAGCAAUGACAACAAGAAGCCGCCCUACAGCUACAAUGCGCUCAUCAUGAUGGCCAUCCAAGACAGUCCCGAGCAGCGUCUGACCCUGAAUGGCAUCUACCAGUACCUGAUCAAUCGCUUCCCCUACUUCAAGGCCAACAAGCGUGGCUGGCAGAACUCCAUACGCCACAAUUUGAGCUUGAAUAAAUGCUUCACCAAGAUCCCGCGCAGCUACGAUGAUCCCGGCAAGGGCAACUACUGGAUUCUGGACCCCUCUGCCGAGGAGGUGUUCAUUGGUGAGACCACGGGCAAGCUGCGCCGCAAGAAUCCGGGUGCCAGCCGCACCCGCCUCGCCGCUUACCGCCAGGCCAUCUUCUCGCCCAUGCUAGCCGGCGGCUAUGGUGCACCCGCUGGCUACGGCUAUCCGGGCAUGCCCUUUGCUGGCGCCGCUGCUGCUGCCGCCGCCGCUGCUUUGUAUCAGCGCAUGAAUCCGGCUGCCUAUCAGGCGGCUGCUGCUGCUGCUGCGAUGGCUGGCUAUGGCCAGCCCCAGAUGCAGUAUCAACCGUCUGCUGCACCACCGCCACAACACAGCGCACCCGCUGCCGCCCAUCCACAGCUGCAGGGCUAUCCGGGCGCACACAUGAAUGCCGAGCUCUUUCAACGCAUGCAGUUCUUUGGCAAGUUUCCGGCCAGCUAAGGCGUUCACGGCUGCUUGCCACGCCCAGCGUUUUGGUUUAAUGGGACAAGGCUUUGAUAAAGCCGCCGUCGCCGCCGUCACCAUCGUCGUCGUCGUCGUCAUCGUUGUCAACAGCAAGGAGCCGCGCACAAAAUCCCCUUUGACGUCUAAAUGAUGCAUUUAGCAAAA